GUGGGUUGAUGUCACACAGGCUGGCUUGGUGCUAGCAUCCCUGGUAGACCUCAGACCUCCAACAGUGAGGCCCAUCGGCCCAUAUCUUAACUGAUCUAACAGAUGUGAGAGAUGUUCGACUUGAGGACGAAAGUUAUGAUUGGUAUCGCUAGCACUUUGCUGAUAGCUGCAAUUGUACUGAUAACUGUCGUCUUCUGUCUUUACCUGAAAAUAUCCAAGGCCCUGAAAUGCGCAAGGGAAGUGGAAAGCUGUAUGGAUCCAACCAAGGCGGUCUCUGAGAAGAUGAUCCGGGGCAAGCCCAUCAUUGCUGAUCCUUGUCGUCCCCUCCAGUGUUGUGACAACUGUAGCCUCUUUAAGGAUGUUGGCGCCAUGCCACCUUGCUUUUGUGGCACAAAUGAGGGACUCUGACAUGGCAAUGGUGGACACAAAAAUCUUCACAAUCAGUAUUCCCUUCUUAGUAGAAUGCUUUAUUUUUCAAGUCAAUUUCUGAAAUGUUUAUAUUCUUAAUUACUCUCUAAUAUGGUCUUUAUGUACUUUAAGCACACAAUAAUCAAAAUGCUCCUGUACCUUU